AUGGCGCACGUCCUCGUCGUGCCGUUCCCCGCCCAGGGCCACACGAACCCCAUGGUGCAGUUCGCCAGGCGGCUGGCGUCCAAGGGCGUGGCCACCACGCUGGUCACCACCCGCUUCGUCGCGCGGACGGCCGGCGGCGUGGACGCGCGCCCGGCGGCGGUCGAGGCCAUCUCCGACGGGCACGACGAGGGCGGGCUCGCGUCGGCCGCGAGCGUCGCCGAGUACCUAGAGAGGCAGGCGGCCGCCAUGGCCGGGUCGCUGGCGGCGCUCAUCGAGGCGCGCGCGGCGUCGCCGGGGCAGGGGCGCUUCACGUGCGUCGUGUACGACUCGUACGAGCGCUGGGUGCCGCCCGUGGCGCGGCGGACGGGCCUGCCCGCCGUCCCCUUCUCCACGCAGUCGUGCGCGGUCAGCGCCGUGUACUACCACUUCAGCCAGGGGAGGCUUGCCGUGCCGCCGCCGGCCGCGGACGGCGGCGGCAACUGUGGCGGUGCCGCCCGGAGCAAGGCGAUCGAGGGGCUGCCGGAGAUGGAGAGGUCGGAGUUCCCGUCGUCCGUGUUCGACGGUGGGCCGUACCCGAUGAUCGCCGAGAGCGCGCUGAAACAGUUCGCCCAUGAGGGGAAAGAUGACUGGGUGCUCUUCAACUCGUUUGAAGAACUGGAGAGCGAGGUCUUGGCUGGAUUGACGAACUACAUGAAGGCCCGAGCCAUCGGCCCGUGCGUGCCGCUGCCGGCCGCUGGCACCACCGGCCGGAUCACCUACGGCGCCAACCUGCUGAACCCGGAGGACGCCUGCAUCAAGUGGCUGGACACCAAGCCCCCCGGCUCCGUGGCCUACGUCUCCUUCGGCAGCUUCGCGUCCCUCGGCGCCGCCCAGACGGAGGAGCUCGCCCGCGGUCUCGUCGCCGCCGGCAAGCCUUUCCUCUGGGUGGUGAGGGCUACCGAGGAGCACGAGCUCCCGCGCCACCUCCUGGACGAGCCGACGGCGUCGGGCGCCGCGAUGAUCGUGCGCUGGUGCCCGCAGCUGGACGUGCUGGCGCACCCGGCCGUGGGCUGCUUCGUCACCCACUGCGGCUGGAACUCGACGCUGGAGGCGCUCAGCUUCGGCGUGCCGAUGGUGGCGCUGGGGCUGUGGUCCGACCAGCCGACCAACGCGCGGUACGUCGAGGCCGCCUGGGGCGCCGGCGCGCGCGCGCGCCGCGACGACGCGGGGACGGUGUUCCCGCGCGGGGAGGUGGAGCGGUGCGUGCGCGCCGUCAUGGGCGGGGGCGCCGCGCGCGAGGCGGCGGGGAAGUGGAGGGACAGGGCGCGCGCGGCGGUGGCGCCCGGCGGCAGCUCCGACCGGAGCCUGGACGAGUUCGUGGAGUUCGUGCGCGCCGGCGCCGCGGAGAAGUGGAAGGCUCUGGUGCUGGAGGGAAGCGAGGGUGCAGGGUUUGAGAUGUGA